CGGCGAGACGUUCGCUGGUGGCGAAGCGGGCAUUUCUGUGCCGGAGACUGUGUGUACGCCGCGUGCGGUUGGCAUCAGCGUCGAUAUCAACGUUUACGAGCCACAUCUGCUGGCUGGCACAAUGGCGCACAUGAUUGGCCAUAAUAUCGGCAUGGGGCACGAUGAUGGACGUGAGGAGUGCUUCUGCCGCGACUGGCAUGGCUGCAUAAUGGCCCAAUCGAUUGUUGGCCAGGAAAAUGUGCAGCCAUACAAAUUUUCCGAGUGCAGUAAAAAGGAUUAUAUCGAUGCGCUGCGCACCGGACAUGGGUUGUGUUUACUCAAUAAGCCAAAUGAGAUCGAAAUGCGUCGCAAUUGUGGCAAUAAGAUCAUCGAAGAAGACGAAGAAUGUGAUUGUGGCACCUUCGAGGAGUGUGCCUUAGAUCCGUGUUGCGAUGGCAUUACCUGUAAACUGAAAUCAGAGGCGCAAUGUGCCAGCGGCGCCUGUUGUGAUCAGUGUCGCCUUCGUCCAAAGGACUAUAUCUGCCGUGAUUCGCACAACGAAUGCGAUCUGCCAGAAUAUUGUGAUGGUGAAAUUGGUCACUGCCCAGCUGAUGUGUUUAGAAAGAAUGGAUCACCGUGCGGACAUACUAAAGCAGGAACAUCGGGUUACUGCUUUCAAGGUGACUGUCCCACCUUGAAUCUGCAAUGCGAAGCCAUCUGGGGUUAUGGUGGCUCGGCGGCCGAUCGGCAAUGCUAUGAGCAAUUCAAUUCAAAGGGUUCAAUCAAUGGCCAUUGUGGGCGUGACGCAAAUGAACAUUACAUUAAAUGCGAGCCAGAAAAUGUUCAAUGUGGCACACUGCAAUGCAAGGAGGGCGAACGGCAGCCGGUCAAUGAUGGCAUUGAUCAACUUUAUUCGAACACGAUAAUCUCAAUAAAAGGAUUGGAGUAUGAAUGCAAAGCCACCAGCGGUCAAGUGGGCACCAAUGAAUAUCCAGAACAUGGCUUGGUGAAGGAUGGUACGCCAUGCGGUAAAGAUUUGAUUUGUCUGAAUCAGACUUGCGUCAGCAUUUUUCCACACAUCGAUCAAACAAAAUGUCCGACAAAUAAACAAGGCCAAGAGUGUUCAGAACGCGGAGUCUGUACGAAUACGAAUCGCUGUUUCUGCGACAUGGGCUGGGGCGGCAUCGAUUGUAGCCUUGUAGUUUUAUUGACCACACCACUGCCAACGGAAGCGCUGCCAACCGCGGAGAACACUAUCAAAAUGGAGAAGAAGGAGACGCCAUAUGAGAACUACCACGGCUCAAAUACAGUAUUCCUGGUCGGUGUACUAAUGUCAGUUGUUGGGUUCGUUUUUGUUACUUUCACCUUGAUGGCACUGUGCUACAGGUCAGUUGUAGUACAUAGAAACUUCUCCCUGUGUCUGAGACGCAAAACCACUACCCUCAAAUAUGAUCCGCCAUACUCGAAAAAGCCCAUCGCCAAGGGCUAUGCCAGCGCCGCAGCCACUGCCGCCAAUCAUCACUCGGUUGAGGAGGUUUCACUGGAUGGUUCCAGCAAAUUGGUGUACGCCAAUCAGGCAGGCUUCAGGGAUAAAAGCAUACAUGGCCGCCGUUAUACUGGCGGCGGCGAAGAUGAUCAGGCCCAUUCUGAAAAGGGCAUACUAAAGAAGCACAGCUACGGGCUUGUGCACACCGAACAGUUGAAGGACAAAUGGGGCGACGAUGUACAGUCCGACAAUCUCGAGCUUAUUACACAACAGGACGGUGCACUCGGCGCCUCCACUAGCGGUGGUGCGGCGGUCUCCGAAGUAGAGCGCACCCUAAAAUCCCUCAACGGCUAUCACGAAGACAUCCUCGAGGCAUUGCGUAAUGCGGCCUCACAUCGUGGCACCGCCACCGGCAAUACGCCAGUCGGUAGCGGCAGCCUAAGCGAAGAGAUGCUACGCAAAACGCUGCAAGACUGCCAAAGUGCACAACUUGGCUACAGCGUGGAACCGUAUAAACGCUCAAGCGGUUCCAAGUCUAGUUCACGUGAAAAUAUCUGCGAUCCGGCGCAAGCGCAUUUGCUCAUCGAAAGUGCGGGCAUUGGCGGGCAUGCCGGUGCCGUGUUGCAUCAUCAUCGAUCACAGCAUCAGCUGCAUCAGCCGCCACCAACACUGCAACAGCAACAACCGCCGCUGGACGACGAUGAUGCUCCAUCGACUGGACCGCUGCGUAUACGCAAUUUGGAGGAUCUGAUACGACAGCUGGAGCAUCAUUCGUCGCGCCAUAUGAGUCCUAGCGGCUCCGAGGACAUUCGAAUGUCCGAGACGGAAGCCGAUCGCCAUUAUAGAUUAGAUAGUUCCGCCGCUUGUAGUGAAUCCUCGCAAGGCAGUCGUUUGCGCCCGCGCUCCGACGAGGAGUCGCGCUUCGCCUACGGAAGGUACAGACAUCCUCCUCAAGCAACAAGUAGACAUCCAUCGCAUCAAUCGCACUCACCUCAUGCUUUCGGCCACCAUACGCAUCAUUCGCACGCCCACGGUCAUGCUACGCACGGCCCACACUCAUCACAUCACUCGUCGCAUACACACUUGCACCAGGACGACGAGGGUAUAUACGAGAGUGCCGAUCACCAUGAACGUUCGGUGGUUGAGGCACGACUCGAUCCGCGUGAAACACCCGACAGUGAGAGUGAUGACUUUAUUCAAGCUCAACAACAGUUAGCCCGGUGGGCGAGUGAGGAUGUGGUAUCCGUCGUGGUAUUGGAUCAACAGCAAUCCGGCACAAUGUCGGAUUCCCAACAAUCCAGCGGCGUCGGACCAAUGUCAACGGCUACAACGAGUACCGUUAUACAUCAUCAACACCCGCACCAGCACCACGGCGAUCAUCCAUCCUCGGCAGCGGCCUCAGCGGCAGCGGCGGCGGCGGCAGCAGCAGCGGCAGCCAACAGCAACUCUAUAAUGGGUUUGGGGGUCGUACCAAAUGGUAUAAAUGUAAGUCAGAGGGACUAUUACCCCUCGCCACCCUCAACGGAGACGGAAAGCAGUGGAAGUGUUAUCCAAUCGCUCAGCCGCCGUUUGCCUAUGCCAGCCGAUACAGGCCAACAGCAAGCGCAAUUGCAACUGCAUCAACUGCAUCAGCAUCAACAGCAGCAGCAGCAGCAGCAUCUGCAUCAGCAGCAAAUGCAGCUGCAGCAGCAGCAAGGCGACACCACCAGCAGCAGCAACAACAGUCAAUCAGGACAAAUAAUGGAGAAUGGUCGAUAUCCGGAAUAUAAACACUGAUCAUAAUGGCAAUGCCAACAACAGCAGCAACAACAAAUACAAUAACAACAACAACACGAGCAAGAGCUACAAUAGCAAAAACAACAACAGCAACCACAAUAAUAAAUUGUAUAUAGCAAAGCACAGUAGAUAAUACC